GAGAGCUCUUCCGCAUCAUGCAGCAGAACAAAGAACACUCCAAGGACUUCUGCAAGAAGCGUUCUGAACAGUUGUUAGACCCGAUAAGGAAACGUGUGGAGUCACCUCCCACAUACGAUGAGUAUGACUCCAGCCAGUUGAGAAUUGAACUCGACCAUGCACGCCAGCGGUACGAGGAGCUGGCACGUGGUCCGGAGAAGGGGGCUGUUCUCCAGGAGAUGACCCAAAACUGUGAGCAGCUUGAGGCUGGCUUUAAGAGGCUUGAGGAACAUCACAAGAAGCUGAUGCGGGAAAAGCAGAAGAGGAGACAGGCAGAGCUCCGAGCUGGGGAGAGGGAGAGUCAACUCCAGCAGCUGCGCAGCCAGGCACAGGACAUGCCGCAAGCCCACCUGGAAAUUCUGCAGAAAAUGGAGGAGGAACACAGAAAGAUGAUGGAGGAGAUAGCACUGGAGCAGCUAGACAUGGCAGGGAUCAACAGCAAAGGUCAGCAAAGGGUCAAGGUCAGGGCAAAGGUCGCAAGCCACGCCCAGUUCGAAAGCCAGUCAUUUCAAAGGUCAGGUCAGAGGUCACAGAAAUUAGAAGAGAAGUAG